GCCGCCUGCUCUUCCAGACUGCCGGAGGUGCCGCGCUGUCGGCGUUGCCUGCCCCUGGAGCGCCCAAGCCGCGAUACCGCCGGCUGAAGCGCUGUGCUGUGCCGGGCCGGCCCCGAGGAGGAGACCCAGGCCCGGGCCGCCGCGGGGUCGCGCCUCGGGCCUCCGCUGCGGUCCCUGGCAGGCGGGAUCCGGAGCUGCGGCGGAGCGCGACCCCCCUCCCCGGCCGCCCUGUCCACCUUGCCGGGGAAGGCGGAAGAUGCCAGUGAAGAAGAAAAGAAAAGCCCCCGGAGUGGCAGCGGCGGUCGCGGAAGACGCGGGCCUCAAAAAGUGUAAAAUCUCCAGCUAUUGCAGAUCCCAGCCUCCUGCUAGAAUAAUCAGUGGAGAGGAAGAUUUCUCAAGAAAGAAGUGCCUGGCUUGGUUUUAUGAGUAUGCAGGUCCUGAUGAAGUUGUAGGACCAGAAGGAAUGGAAAAAUUUUGUGAAGAUAUUGGUGUUGAACCUGAAAAUAUUAUUAUGUUAGUUUUAGCGUGGAAGUUGGAGGCUGAAAGCAUGGGAUUUUUUACCAAGGAAGAAUGGUUAAAGGGAAUGACCUCAUUACAGUGUGACUGCACAGAAAAGUUACAGAGCAGGUUUGAUUUUCUGCGCUCACAGCUGAAUGACAUCUCAUCAUUUAAGAAUAUUUACAGAUACGCCUUUGAUUUUGCAAGGGAUAAGGAUCAGAGAAGCCUUGAUAUUGAUACUGCUAAGUCUAUGUUAGCGCUGCUGCUUGGGAGAACGUGGCCACUCUUUUCAGUAUUUUACCAGUACCUGGAGCAAUCAAAGUAUCGUGUUAUGAACAAAGAUCAGUGGUACAAUGUAUUAGAAUUCAGCAGGACAGUUCAUGCCGAUCUUAGUAACUACGAUGAAGAUGGUGCUUGGCCUGUUCUUCUUGAUGAAUUUGUGGAGUGGCAAAAAAUCCGUCAAACAUCAUAGCAAGAACUCUUGUGAAGAACAUACAGACCUCGUGAAGAAAAUGCAGGAAGAGGGAGGAUAUACAAGGGGCGUUUUCACUCACGAAAGACUCCUCAUAGUACUUUUUCCUUUUUUUAAAGGAAGUUUUCUUGUUACAUGUGAUGGGCAUUGAGCCACACGUCUUCUGAGACUGAAUAUUGACGUUUUUGUUUCAAGUUAUGUUUUUAACAUUUAUUUCAGAACAAUAAAGAUUCAGAUUUGUGACAAAGGCCUUAAAGUGAA